CUGCAUUAAUUUUUGUCGCGAGUCUCUACGACUCAGAAUCGAACUGUCCACAUCGAGCGUCAUCACUUUUUUGUUUAUUUGUUUGUUUUGUUUUGUUUACUCCAUUUGAUUUACACCAUUUGUUAAACAGUGUACAACACGGUUUUUUUUUUGUAUUAUUUUGAUUUCUGUAAAUACACCGGAAUGGAACUUAAUUCUCUUCUACUUCUUCUUGAGGCAGCAGAGUAUUUGGAAAGAAGAGACAGAGAAGCUGAACACGGUUACGCAUCUGUUUUGCCGUACGAUAGCGACUUUUCCAGAAAGAAAACUAAAUUCUCUCCUGUUUCAAGAAAAACCCACAACAAUAGGUCAUCACACAAUGAGUUGGAAAAACACAGACGUGCCAAACUGCGAUUGUACCUGGAACAGUUGAAACAGCUUGUGCCUUUGGGUCCUGAUAGCACCCGUCACACCACACUGAGCCUGCUCAAACGCGCCAAAAUGCACAUCAAGAAGCUGGAGGAACAGGACAGAAAGGCUCUAAACAUGAAGGAGCAACUGCAGAGAGAACAUCGCUACCUCAAACGGCGCCUGGAGCAGCUCUCUGUACAGGGCUUAGAGCGCAUUCGCACUGACAGCAUGGGCUCCACCAUCUCCACUGACUCUGAGCAAGAAGUGGACGUUGACAUAGAGGGCAUGGAGUUCACACCAGGUGAGGGUGAUAGCGUGGACAGUGUUAGCGAUGGUGAGGACCACUACAGCCUGCAGAGCAGCUCCAGCGAUGGAGGCCACCAUUCACAUUCCCACAGAUUACAGGCUCACAUCUGAUAGGCCGUGUCAGACCGUGCAACAGUGUGUCACCUCCAACAUACCCAUCAGCCACUCCCAGCUGGCAGGAAGCACCUGGCUGAUUUCCACUCCUCAGAAAACUCUCUCCCCUCUCAACCCUCCCUAAACCCACAAAUACACACAGACAAGCAAUAUGUGGUUUUAGUAAGAAUAUGUGGUGUGGUAAUGCAGUUUUAACUUGUCUGUUCUGCUGUGUAUGUAUGAGAAACCGUGGCUCUGUUCCAAAACCUAGUAACUGCCUAGCUGUCUAUCGCCUACAUAAACGUAGUAUCCAAACUGAAAAGGAAAAAAGAAACUACAAGGCAGCAUGGGUUUCCUGUGUACAUUUUGGCUGCGUUUACACUUGCACAAAAUCCAAUUUUUUUUUAUUAACUCACAUCUGACAUAGAUCAGAUAUUGAUAUCGCACAUGUACAAGCACAAAAAUCUGCAUCCAUUCUGAGCCACUUUCAAAUGUAGUUUUAAAUCAGAUAUAUAUUGGAUAUCUGGAAAUCUGACCUAUGUCUAAACAUGUAUAUAUGAUUCAGGUUAUGACCACAGGUUAGGGUGACACAUUUACCCACAAUAUAACUAUUCUUAUUGUCGUAUUAUGAAGCACACAUGCCUGUAUGCACUUGCACAAAUCACUUUAGAUUAGGAAACUUUAUAAUAGGUAGAAAAUUACGCACACACAGAAACAUUCAAGAGCAUAUAAACCUGCUCAAUUAAUUUUAUGAUUAGAAUAGAUUCUCUACUGAACGCUAGAUUUAAUUUUUCAGCAACAAAGUUGUAACCUCGCUGAUGUUGAAGUACUUAAACUCAUAGAUUCAUGAUAUAAAGAUACUGCACAGAUACAGGUAAUUCACACGCAUCUCUUUCUUAAAUUCAUUCAAGUGAAUGUAAUCUCACAGCGCUACUUUUUUCAAUUCAGAAUUCUAGAUCUAAUGGAAACUACCAAUAAUUGAUCUGUUCUGUCAAAUUUUGUGUUGCAAACAUCAAUGACAGUUUUACAUUUUAUAUACGGACAUCCAAAACCAGAAAGUCAACUGUGUUGCUGAAAGUGAUCACCAAAGGAAUUGUUCUAGUUUGGACAGGAAUUAAUAUAUAUACACACAUAUCGUAUACGAGUUGUGUCUUAUAUGAAUAUAAACCGAUGGGACAAAAAAAUCAGAUAUGAUCAAAAGAUCAGAUCUCUGCAUUCAUGUAAACGCAGCCUAUGGCUGUUCCAAAAUUGGGGUGCAAGUCUAUAAUACCCAAAAUGCUAUCUAGGCAGGCAGGUCACUAGGUUUUUGAAUAGCGCUUGCUUGUGUGUCAGUUCAUUUUGAUUCAUGGGUUUAAACAGAAUUCUUGUGUGGUUCUUGAAAGUGCAAAUCAUAGCAUUAGGCACACUAAAUGUAAUAGACCCCCUAAUAGACUAAUGGAAAGGGAGCAAAAGGACAAAACUUAAGGGCACUUCUAGGAAUUAAUGAAUUCUAUUUCAGUAUUCAGCCCACGCAGUUAAAUUGACCAUGGAGAUUCAUUAAUUGGCUACUUUUGUGUGAAAGAAAAGAGAAUAUUGAUAUCUAAUGGUUGAUUCAUAGCAAAGAAAUGGUGCUGUGCAAAUGCAUCCGUGUAGUAGUCUUUAUGUAAAACUUUCAGUAGUAAAUGAUGUAGCAAUAAACUUGGAAAGCUAUGGCUUUCUUAUGCAGUGAACUUAUUCUGGACCAAGCCUGAGAGACUUGAGAAGAUGAGUAGCUCUGUUCAUCUUUUCACCUGUUUUGUUUAGAUUGUGUGUGUGUGUGUGUAUAGCAGCAAUCAAACUGACAAGUCAAAACUGUAUGACCGUACCGUGUGAAGGGGGGGAAAAGCUCUUUGAAGUUGAGGUGUUGGUACUGUCAGAAAAUGAUAUUGAUGCUAGUUCAUUGUUAGUUCAUUGUCUUUCCCCGUAUCUUAACAAUACUUUUGAAGCCUUUAUUCUUCAGCAGUAAAUAUGCAGUGCAGUGUGCAAUAUUCAGUAUAUGAAACAAAGUUCUUUGUGCUGGGAAUUCCAAUUCUUCACAGACAGUCCCAGUCUUCAAAGCAGGUUAGACCAAAAUAAAUAACAAAAUGAAACAGAAAAAAAACAAAUGUAUAUUUGAAAAAAGAAGCC